CUUGCCUGUCGAGCAGUGUUUACGUCAGUCAUUGUGUCGUGUAACCGGUACAAUGUAGGAGGGACCAGGUUUGGGGAAAACGAUACGCAGCACUAUAUAACCCACUUCGCUGCCCAAUGUAUCCAUUAAACGCCCGUCGAUGCGAAAGGAAGAUCCUGUUGCAGCCGAUCGAAAGCGUCUGCGCAGUAGCAGUGAGCAGUCAGCAGCAGUGGUGAGUGUUCGCGCGGGGGACCUCUGUGCGGAGGAUCAUGCUCUCGGACCGCGGCAAGAAGCCACCAUGGUAGGGAAAAGACUACGGAUAGAUGUGAACAGCGCGACGGACAUCCACGAAAGCCUGCUAUCGAUGUGAAAGUGGUGGAUGGGAGCUUUGCGCUUUGACGGCACCAGUUGAAGACAAGCAUUCGCUGAAUUUCUAGCCCACCAAAGCACUUGUUCGAAGAAUUCUACGCUGACACGCUACCCACUUCUCGAUCACAACGGCUGCACACAAAAUUGGAAUAGGCUACAUGAUGAAGUUUAAGCCCAACCAGACUAGGACUUACGAUGGCGAGGGUUUUAAAAAACGAGCCGCCUGCUUGUGUUUUAAAAACGAACGGGAGGACGAGGUGCUACUUGUGAGCAGUAGUCGACACCCAGACCAGUGGAUAGUUCCAGGAGGAGGAAUGGAACCAGAGGAGGAGCCCUGUGGAGCAGCUGUACGGGAGGUGUAUGAAGAGGCUGGAGUGAGAGGCACCCUGGGAAGACUCCUGGGGGUGUUUGAGCAGAACCAGGACAGCAAACACAGGACGUAUGUGUACGUCCUCACGGUGACCGAGAUGCUUGAAGACUGGGAAGACUCAGUCAACAUCGGCCGCAAAAGGAAGUGGUUCAAGAUAGACGAGGCGAUCCGUGUGCUGCAGUGCCACAAGCCUGUCCACGCCGAGUACCUCCGCAAGCUCACGGCUAACUGCAGCCCCUCCAAUGGCAACAGUCAGGAGACGGUCACCCAGGACGACAAUGCUCCCCACCACGUCACGCCCUCACAGGACUGCAGCCAGACCCACGUACACAGAUAGGACAGCCACAAAGGGUGGCGGGGGGUCGCCAAAAAAAACUCUACAACAGAAGCACUCUGCUGCGGACUGAACAAAGAGACUUUUUACUUUUUACCUGCAUGAUGGGCUUCUUCGUUUACUAUUUUAAACUUUUUUUUUGAGACUUCAAGAAACCAAAGGAAAUACUAACUAAUAGAGUUUAAGAAUGCCUUCAUUGGGCCUCUAAGUGGCCUCAUUCAGAUUGUAGUAGCCUACUUACAGAUUUUUUACUAUUCUCUCCAGCCAAACAAGUUGAUGUUGCGGAUAUGAUUUAUGUGUGAUAUGCAGACAGGGCUACAUUGCUUUGGUACCUUUUUAAUGAAACUGAAUUGGACAUGUAUGGACAUCAUACAAGCUGUAUUUAUAUUCUUUUGGGCACUUGUGAAUUUCUACAGUGACUUUUUUUCUUGGUUUCAUGACUGGAAAUGGUAGACCAGUGCACCAUUGUAGGAUUUUAGUAGAUUGUAUUACAAUGGAAUGUUUAGGGAAAAUGGCAAAGUUUUGGUGGUUGAAAACGUUUAGCUGUUUGGAAUGCCUUGUUUGUCAGUGAAUACUGUGUUGGAGUGUGAGUAGAGUAAAGUGUUCAAUUUUGCCAUGCAAGUUACAUUUGGUCUGACAGUCUGUAAUGCUUGUGAAAAAUAAAAUGACAGUAGUUUUUUA